AUGGCGGUAAUCAGAGGAAUUCCACGGUUCAUCACAGGCGGUGAGGUGGGCAACGGAUGUCCCCUGAUCGUCUUCAGCAAGGAUCUGCUUUCGGCGACCGCCAUCGCUGUCUACUACGUCACCGCCACCAAUGUCGACGGCAGCCAGGUAAAGCUGGCCUUGUGGGACACAGCGGGGCAACAGAACUACGUCGGGUUGCAGCUAUCGUCAAACCGGGACGGGAUCCUGACGUGCUUCAGCAUGGACUCCCCCGACUCCACGGAGAAGAACGCAGAGUUCGGGAAGCCGAAGGUUCGCCACUUCUGCCCCAGCAUGCCCAACUUCCUUGCGGUGAACAAGACUCUUCGCAACCACCGGCUCUCGCUGGAAUAUCCGGCCAUGACGAAGCCGGAGCACGUGGCGCUUGAGGAAAGACGCCCCAUGGCGGAGAAGAUCAACGCCUAA